CAAAAUCAUAGCACAUUUUCAUUUGCCAAUUCUCCACUUUAAAAAGAAAUGCAAUUCCCAGAAUUCCAAGAAGGGAACCACCACUACUUCAUAGGAAAGAGCAAUGCCAACGCCCUUUCCGGCGAAGAUGACCGGCGAGAGUUCGAGAGCCUCCGACGAGCACUGAUGGUCGAGAAAUGGAUGGAGAAUUUCACCGGGGACACUGUUCCGGCGGCAUCGGCUCGCUUCGGCUCCGACCCAUACCCGCCCCUGUCUUCCUCCUCCAGAGAACAUUCCGAUAAUGCCAGAAAAUCGAGCGUUGUGAGGUAUCCCGGCGACCUGAAUCGGCUCAAUAAACAGCCAAUUUCUCCCGGCAGAAAGCUCUGCAAGUUGCUCAACUCAAUCUUCGGGUCGAAAAUCAAACAGCGCCGGGAAGAGGCAGGGGAGAGAAGCUCCGUGAGGAAGUCGAAAUCGAUGAAGGCCACCGCGACGAAUCCCCCGACGCCUUGCUUGAGCAAAACGGCGUCGUCUAAACCGAAAAGAUCUGUUCGGUUUUGCCCCGUCGACGUCAUUCUGGACGAUAGCAGUUUCCGGCCGGGCAAGGCGGUGCAGAAAGGAAACGGCGAUGACGACGGGAGUAGCUGCCAUAGCUCGGAUCUGUUUGAGCUGGAGGGCAUCGGGAUCGACGGCGGCGUGGAGGCGAUUAGUGGGGACGAACUGCCCGUUUAUGGAACUAUCAGAAGCGAUAUGAUGAAAGCGAAAGAAGCCAUUUCUCGCCGCCGGCUGUAUAUGUAGUUUCGCCGUGAAUUGUACGGACACGUCACUGCACUUUCAUACCAGCGUCAUUUUUUUGUACAACGGGAAAUAUCUAUACACGGGUCUUUGUAGUUGAGACUUUAGACUUUAGAUCGAGAGUCUACUUACGCUGUUGCAAUAAAAAUAAGAGAAAAUUAGCAUUGAUUUGAUUAAGACUUAGGCUGUGUUUUUGCAAAUGAUUCUAUGAUGAAGCACUUGUAGUUUUUUUUUGUUAAAAAAGCCGAUUAGAUGCGA